UCUUCUCGUCUUCCUUCUCCUACUUUGUCUAUCUCUCUCUCUCUCUCUCUCUCUCUCUCUCUCUCUGUAGCUCCUUCAGAAUUCCAAAAUGAAAUAUCAUUUGCAGUGAUUUCAACACAAGACGAUUUCUUUGGUUGUUUUUGUGCUUCUAUUUCUUAUUUUUGUCAGGUGGUAUUUCGUUUCCCUUAUGGGUAACGGUAUCGGAAAGCUCACCGUGUGCUUCACCGGCGGGGGAGAAGCUCGACGGCGGCAAGAUUUAUCUGUCCUGAUAACGGACCCUUUGGACGAAGGGUUGGGUCACUCUUUCUGGUACGUGCGCCCCGACCCGACCCGGCUUUCGUCCUCGAAGGUCCAUUCAGAGGAAGAAACCACCACUUUCCGUACAAUUUCCGGCGCCUCGGUGAGUGCCAACACUUCGACCCCUCUCUCCACAUCGCUUAUGGACUCGUACUCGUAUGGUCACUUUGAUCGAGCCGCGGCGUUUGAGAGCUCCACUUCGUUCUCUUCGAUUCCUCUGCAGCCAAUUCCGCGGAAUCUGAUAAACUCGGGUCCGAUACUCCCCGGUUCGGGUCCCCUCGAGAGAGGGUUUAUGUCGGGUCCGAUUGAGAGAGGAUUUAUGUCCGGUCCGCUUGAUCGAGGGUUGUUUUCAGGUCCACUUGAUAAGGGCUACUCUGAACAGUUUCCGAGGAGCUUCUCCCAUGGAGGUUUCGCGUUCAAACCCAGAUCAAGAAAAGAGUCCAUAGUUCGGGCUCUGCAGAAAGCGAUAUCGAAGACGAUAUCCCGGGGCCAGAAUUCGAUUGUUGCUCCGAUUAAAGGGGUGAUUUCCUUUAAAGAACCCGAAUGGAUUGUUGGCGCGGAGAAGCCGCAGCAGCAGCACCACCACCACAACGAGAAUCUGACUGUAAGUAGCUUGAAUUUGAGUAGCGAUGGUAGUUUAGAAGAUGAUGAUUCGUUGGAGAGCCAAAAUCUUCAGUGGGCUCAAGGCAAAGCCGGGGAGGAUCGGGUACACGUCGUCGUUUCGGAGGAACACGGCUGGGUUUUCGUUGGGAUUUAUGAUGGAUUUAACGGCCCUGAUGCGCCUGAUUUCCUUUUAUCAAAUCUGUACCCCGCGGUUCAUAAGGAGCUCAAGGGUCUGCUAUGGGAUGAUAACAAGAAUGAACCCAGUACAGUAAGCGGCCCUGCCACCUCCCCUGUUUCCUCCAUUACAGAGAUUGGAAACGGAGUGAAUGAUUUUUCCCGGAAUCAAAUUGUUGAUGAUUGUUCACAUUGCGUUGAGCAAAAGAACUAUUCGUGUCCUAAUGAGGAUGUAAAUUUCGAUUUCAAUUUGAAGCGAAAAACGAGCAAGAAAACGAAAAGUAAGUACAGAGGAGCGUCAAAGAAAUGGGAAAAGACGCAAAGGAAAUGGAGGUGUGAAUGGGACCGGGAGAGACAAGAGCUUGAUCGGAGACUAAAGGAACAGUUGAAUCAAAACGGUUCUGAUGGGUCCAAAGCUAUCAAUCAUGGAAAUGUCUUGAAUGCUUUGGCUCAGGCAUUGAGGAAAACGGAGGAGGCCUAUUUAGAUAUUGCAGAUAUGAUGCUCAUGGAAAAUCCUGAGUUGGCAAUGAUGGGUUCUUGUGUGCUGGUGAUGCUGAUGAAGGGGGAGGAUAUGUAUGUGAUGAAUGUUGGUGAUAGUAGAGCUGUGUUGGCACAGAAGGCAGAACCUGAUUACUGGCUUGGGAAGAUUAGACAGGAUUUGGAGAGAAUCAAUGAAGAAACAUCACAUGACCUUGAAGCUAGUGAUGGUGAGAAACCUGGUUCAGUUCCCAGUUUAAAUGCUUUUCAGCUUACUGUGGAUCACAGCACCAGUGUGGAGGAGGAAGUUCAAAGAAUAAAACUUGAACACCAGGAUGAUGCUUGUGCUGUGAUUAAUGACCGCGUGAAGGGUUCCUUGAAAGUAACUCGAGCUUUUGGUGCCGGUUUCCUUAAAAAGCCUAAAUGGAAUAAUGCACUUCUAGAGGUGUUCAGGAUUGAUUACAAAGGGACCUCUCCAUACAUCUCUUGCUUGCCCUCCCUCUACCACCAUAAAUUAGGCCCAAAAGAUCGGUUUUUGAUAUUAUCCUCUGAUGGUCUCUACCAGUACUUCACCAACGAAGAAGCUGUCUCCGAAGUUGAACUUUUCAUCGCACUGCAACCCGAAGGAGACCCUGCUCAACAUCUGGUUGAGGAACUGCUGUUUCGUGCUGCUAAGAAAGCUGGUAUGGAAUUUCAUGAUUUGCUUGAAAUACCACAAGGGGAUCGUCGGCGUUACCACGAUGAUGUUUCCAUCAUUGUCAUCUCAUUAGAGGGAAGGAUAUGGAGAUCAUGUGUAUAAGUAGAGAAAAAAAAACAACAGAUAGAAGAUAUAGAGACAUCCGCAAAAAGAAAAAAAAAAUGAGUAAGGCAUUUUCUCAUCGCCGUUUUUUGUCCUGUUCACCUCUGUAACAUACCAAUUGGGCGCCGUGGAAGGGUUCUGAGGAACUUAAUUGUGCAAUGUAACUGGUUGGUGAGUGGGUUGUAAAUAAACGUUAUAAAAGCUGGUUCAUGUUGAUUACAAAACUA